AUGUCGGCAUUCCGCGCUACUCGUGCUCUGCUGCAAAAGACUCCCGAGUCGUCGCAUACAUAUCAUUACACGGAGGGAAAGACGCCGUUUUGGCGUUGGUUCCGCCAGAUGUUCUCGCUGAACCCUGAGAUUUCGUCGGGGCUGCCGGCUGUGAGGCUGAACAGGAACCCACCGCCUGGUAUGGGCCCCAUCAAGCCUGCGAUUGUGCCGUCCAAUGCGUCUGACAUUGCGCAGAACAUGUACUACUGGCGCGAUUUUCGUCGCAACUACCCGCAGCCAGAAGUGGUGACGCAGGUAUAUUUGACCAAGCUGCUGCUGGCCUCACCUAAUGAGGACGGAACAAUGAGUUUGCCGAACCCGGAUAGCGGGAAGCAAGGCACAACAGAGCUGGCUGUACCCUCCGAUCUCGACGCACCGACUGCUUUCACCGAAGUGCUCGAACAAGUGCAAGCGGACCCGAAGUAUGUGUACUCUGCGAAACAUUUGCCGCCGCGCUUCCCUUCCACAGCCCCACAGCACAUCCUCAAGAUUCAGAAAGAUGCAAUCCCGCAUCCCAAGGGUGCCUAUUUCCCUGUUGUAGCACAGCGCUUCAACUUGCUGCUGUCCUACCUGCUUCCGUGCGUGAGCAUUGCAUGUGUGUUCAUAUCACUUACGUGUGUAUCGUUCGCGCCGCCGACAGCGGAUGUGCAGAUCAAGGAUAUUGAGCUCGUCUACGGAAAGGCGCGAUUUCACGCCGACGCACGGAACCAAGACUUUGUCGAGACCAAGAUGGAUAUCGACAUGGACCUUUCGUCCUUGUUCAGGUGGAAUACCAAGCAAGUGCUGUUAAGCAUGGCCGGGGCAUACAGCUCGCAGAACAGAGUACGUGGCACACUGAUCUCACCGCAGCCGGAAAAUGAGGUCGCAUUUUGGGACAAGAUCGUCCGGGCAGACGACAAACACCACUUGAAACUGCGCGGUGUACGGAACAGGUACGGAUUCCGCGAGGUUUCGAGAACGUUUAGCAACAUUACCGUCGUUGACUUUGUGCUGCGCUGGAAUGUGAUGCCAUACGUGGGGUUCUCAUCUGCAGGCGAGACGAUAGUACAAAGCUCAGUGCCACUUCCACUCGUGCCGGAGCCGAGCGCACAAAAUUUGAAAUACUUGCGUUACUAG